UCUACAUCCCGUCAAAAUACGCUUCAAACGAGGCAUCAUGUAUUGGGACUCGCUCAGUACGCAGUCCGAUGUUGACGCAUUGCUUAGCAAAGAGGGUUUAACCCUCGAAGAGGUCCUGGAUUAUGAAAACGUUCUACAAGAAUGUAAAAGUCAGAAUCCCAAACUGUUACAAUACUUAAACCGCACCGAGAUAUUCGAUGCACUGAUCGAUCUCAUCAUACAGGAACCGCCCGCUGAUAUCGAUGACAAUAUACGCUUCCUGCAUUCCAACAUGGCGUGCGAAAUACUUACCAGUGAUGUGCCGUCCUUCAAAACGCAUCUCGUCGAGAAUCAGAACUUUCUGAACAAGCUGUACAGCUUCCUGGUGAAAGAGCCCCCGCUCAAUCCGCUGCUGACCUCGUUCUUCUGCAAAACGUUCGGCAUGCUGAUCACGAAGCAGAACGAGCAGGACUACUUUUCCUACAAAUCCGUGUGCCUGCAAGUAUUAGAGUUUAUCAAAUCGAAGAAAGGUUUCCUGUCGACGAUUUUGAAGCACUUCGGGAACCAGGUCAUCAGCGAUCUGCUGCUUUCGCACAUCACCGAUAUCGAGGAUGCGGAGCUAAAGUCUGAACUGCUGGAGUGGUUGAACGAGCAGAAGCUGGUGUCUGAAAUAAUCGACCUGCUGAAACAGCAAGGCCAGGUGCAGAAGCAUUACAACGCAUCUCAGUUUCUGAUCGAGCUCAUCAAGAUUAGCCGGUGUAAGCGACAGAACGAGCAGCAGGAUAAAGUUACAUCAGACCCGAUUCUAGAUACGCUGGAAAGUGAAAUUACAACGAAACAAUUGCUUGACAUCAUCCUGGAAGAAAAUGGCGAAGAAAGUGCUAUUGUUGCAGGAAUUCAAAUAAUCUUAAGACUGCUAGAUAAUGCGAUAAUACAAGAACCUGUUUCAGAUACAGCACUGCAGAUUGUUAUCGAUGCUGAGAAAGAGCACCACGACAUGGUCGUAACGCGCUUGGUUAGCGUUAUCAAACUGCGCAUUCCCGAGUUUGUUGAGAUCCUAAAGAAUCCUCCUGCGAAACCUGACAUAAUUACCACCUUCGGUACACUGUCGCCACCACUGGGUAACGUGAGACUUCAGAUUUGUAAUUUAUUUACAGUAUUAAUAGAAACCGAGGAUAAAGUAGUGAUCAAAGCAAUUUGUGAAACCGACUAUUAUAACACCUUGCUCAACCUUUUCAAGCAAUACCCUUGGAACAAUUUCCUCCACAGCCGUGCUAAAGUGUGCAUCAACUAUGCGAUCGGUUCGUUCGAUCAGAGCGAAGGUGGUGCGGAUGGAGAAAACCGACUGCUUAUCUCUAGUUUACAGCAAUACAUAAUCACCGAUUGUAAAUUGGUACCGAAACUGGUAGAGUUGUUUCGUGAAGAUUCUCCGAUUAUGACUAUCCGGCUUGGCUAUAUGGGCCAUUUGUACGAAAUGCUCGACGCAUUGUUGACCACAAUGAAGCUCUCGAGUGAAAUCCGUGCCUUAAUAAAGUCGACACUUACGAUGUCGGAACAAAGUUAUCUAAAAACGAUGAUCGAGGGAGAUGAUAGUGCGCUUGCGAAAACGCUUGCCACGCAGAAAAGAUUUCUGGCUGAUCAGGAUCCAUAUGGUAUAUGUUCGAAGUAAGUUGAUAGAGGGCGUUUCGAUUGCGGUAUGGUGGUCCUCCAACCUCCAACCAUGACCACCAACGAUGAAUCAAAGUUCGGUAUCGAUCUAGGCAAGAUAAUGGAUAGUUUUAACUUCGAAUUCAACGUGGAGGAUGCGCGACUCAUUGCGUCCAACUUGGAUCGAUGGGACGAUUUCCGUUCCUCCGACGGUCCAUCCCCAUUCGACCGUUACGAAUCACUGGAGGAUAGAAGAGAUGCAUGUGCUCGAAUCAGCCGUGAUACAUUGACGGAGAAUACAAACGAUCCGUUGGGUAUGUAUAUGUUAGGCAUUGAGCUGGAAAGGCCGGAGGGUGACAACGAUGAUGAUCCAUUUGCACCGGUACCGUCAACGGCCAACGGUCAGGAUGCAAAUCUUGCCAAAGACAUGCUAAUGGGUGAUGAGUUCCUUGCCCAUAUAUCGGAUAUGGGCUUUGCUUCCAUUGCAUCGGCCCGGUUGGUCGACAGCGAAAGUAACAGUGAUACCCCGCUGACCGGUGGUAUGAACCACAAUCUUCUGAAAUUUCUGCAAGCUGUAAACGAAGCGGGUCCAUCCUCGACGGCCAUGCUGGAGGAUAACUUUGCCGAUUUCGGAUCGGUGCUUGGUGUCGGUGACGGCGCUAGUGCCGCACACGGCACCAGUACACCUGAAUCGGCAGUAACCGGCCAUCCUUCCACCACUACAGCGUUAGCAACAUCCAGCAGCGAUACUACAGCGAUCGAUGUGGCGGCACCUUCGUUCGAUUCCGUGAAUCCAUUGUUUGAUUUCGAAAAUGCGGACAUAUUUAAUGCCAAUUCGAUACCCCCUACCGUUGUGGAGCAAUCGGGCCAUGUUGGUAGCCUGGGAUUGGAAACGGUAUCAUCCGAUAGCAAGUCAGAGGAUAAGCAAUCGGAACCGAAAGAGACAACGGAUGUGGACGCAAAAUCAUCGCCUGACCGAAGUGCUGAAAAGCUGCCAUCUGUUGCUGAACUUAGCGAUAAUGCAAAUGAAGCUAGCAAUGCAACAUUGAGCGAUCAACUCUUGGAUAGUGAGCAGACCAUUAGUGUAGAGCAGCCUGAUAUUGCGCCCGAAGUAACAGCAAAUAAUGAGAAUAUCUCCUCCAUCGUAAAACCAGAUACGUCGUCUUCUACGGAAGAUGAAUCAAGCAAAGCUGCAAAAGACAGUACAGCAGCAGAUCGUUCCACCGUCAUCGAGAAACCGGAAGCUAACGAUAAUGGCAAUGAAAUCGAAACCAACAGCAUUGUAAAUAAUAAUACUAGCCCAACAGAGGACUCUAGAAGCAGCUCGAUCACCGCAACGUCGGAAACAAUUGAAAAAGAAGCUGUAACCUCCGUUGAAACGAGCACGUCCUCUGACAAAUGCUCCGUUGCCGUUGCGAGCGAUACAAGCGGUUCGCCGGAUAAUUGA